GCAGCUGCUGUCAGUUUGCUGCUCCAUUGCUUCCUCUUUUGACUUUGCGAAAGGAAAAGACGCUUCAUGUCUUGGCGGGAGCUCCUUCCUCCCUGGCUAGUGAUCGUAGCGGGACUGACGGGCAUCGUUCUGCUUUGCAUCUCCACUAAAGAUGUGCCUGUUGCCCCUCUCAGGACCAAGUAUGGCAUUGUUCUGGAUGCUGGCCCAUCCCGCACCAUCCUGUUCCUCUACCAGUGGACCACUACCAAGGCAAACAAGACUGGGGUGAUCAGAGAAUGUAGUUCCUGUCCUGUGCAAGGUCUGGGAGUCUCCAGCUACUCAGAUUCUCCUCAGAAAGUAGGGAAGAGCUUGGAGCCAUGUUUGAACUGGGCCCAGAAAGAGAUCCCGGCAGAGCAGCACAGCCAAACCCCCCUCUACUUGGGAGCAACUGCCAGCAUGAGGCAGCUGAACCUCACCAACCCCAUCCUCUCCGAUGGUCUCCUUGCAGCCCUGACUGUGGCCCUGAAGUCAUCUCCCUUUGACUUUAAGGGGGCACAGAUCCUAUCCAGUCCAGCUGAGGAAGCAUUCAGUUGGGUUGCUGUUAACUAUGUCCUGGAGAACUUCUUCAAGUAUGACUGGCGUGGACAGUUGGUCCCCUCCACGAAGGGGAUGGCAGGAGUCCUGUCCGUGGGAGGAACCUCAACACAGUUCACUUCCAAAGUGGAAGAGGAGAACCAGGCACCAAAAGAGGGAGUGAGGCUGCAGCUGUAUGGGCAGACACACAACGUGUACACUCACCGCUGCCCCUGCCACAGCACGGACCAGCUCCGCAGCAGGCUGCUCUCUAUGCUUAUUCAAGAUCAGAGAAGUGCUAAAAUUGUGUCUAAUCCUUGCUGGCCCCUCACCUACUCCCGGGAAGUGCAGUGGCGAUCAGUGCAUACUGUGCCUUGUGCUGCCAGCGAUCACACGUCAGACAUCCCUGCCCCUGAAGAAGUCUUCAACAUCACCGGCUCCAGCAAUCCCACCGCCUGCAUGAGACUUGUGCAAAGCCUGCUCAACUCCUCCUCUUCCUGCAGCUUCUUCAAAAGUUCCCUCAGCAGCGUUUUCAAGCCCCUCCGGACCAGGUUUCUGGUGAUUUCUGAGGCCAUGGACUUCAUGAGAGAAACUGUCCCCUCUCCCGACUUGGGUCAGGCAGUCAACAGGCUCUGUGGGAUGUCUGUCAAAGAGCUGGUCAAGGACUCCCACACAAACCUGGAUAGAGUUGCCAAUUACUGCAUUGUGUCUGCCUUUAUCCUUCACCUCAGUACCAAGGGAUACACCUUCGACUUUGACAGGCCUGCUUGGACUGCGUUCCAGAAGAAGAUGGGUGAUGCAUCAUCUAGCUGGACUCUUGGGUACCUGCUGAGUCUGACCAACACCAUCCCCCAGGACAGCCCAAGCUUCCUCAAAGGGAUUGAACCAGGGGUCUGGUCUUUGCUCCUUAUCCUCUUUGUUGUGCUGCUCACUGGCUCUUUCAUGCGCAUCUCAUACCGGGUGAUGGUCAAGGAGAACAGCUUCAGUAACAGGAACAGCAGUGUUUUUGAUGACAACUGACAGGUAUUCUGGGAAUCGAUACUCUUGCCAGUGGGCAGUUAAUAGGGAAUGUACAGAAAUCACACAGAUGUAAGUCACUGGAGGAUGCAAGUGAUUUUCUUGCAGGACUCCUGGAGCCUCAGUGCCUUAUUUCCACUUGCUAGCACUUGCACUAUGGAGCACUUUGAGACAAUGGAUCCUGCUCUGCAAGAAACCUAUGAUUCCUGGUGGAUGGCAAGCUGUUUGUUCUCCAGAUAAGAGCAGCCUGCACAGAUCUUGCUUGGGCUGCAGCUGAUGUUACUUGUGUCAGCCUAAUGAAACACCACCUCUGAGCAGGCAGGUCCUGAGCUGUUGUGAAGUUAGUAUUGAACAACCUUGUCUAAUCAGGAGAGGUGGCAACUGAAAAAAGUGCGCUGUCCUCUUCUGUGCUCAUGAGAGAGACAAUACCUGCAGUAUCGCUACCAGCGAAGACUGGAACAGCAUUAAAAUAUAGUCAGAAUAUAACAACCAACUUGCUUCCAUGAUCUAGGGAAAAAGCAGGUAUUUUCUGCCUGCUACUACUGAUCUGUCUGUUCUUCCAUCUCCCUUCCAGCGAAUGCUCCUACUGACCGAGAACCCUUCAAAAGCAAUGCUCUUUAGUUUUGGACUCUACAAAAUGUGUGGAGCAUCAAAGGAGAAACAAAGGGCACAGACACACAGCUGAGCUCUUGUCUCUCGGUUGAGUCAUAGCAACUCAGGGUUAAAAUUGUCAAUUUAAACUCUUUAACCAGGACUUAACACAUUUAAUUUCACAUGUGCUAAAACAGGGUGCGUGCUGGGCUGAGGUUCACCAGUUUGUUCAUUUACACUGAACUGCUUGUCUCGCUGACUCUGACAGUGAAGUCUCUCAUCUAGUACUGUCCUUUCAACAAGAGCAGGCCCAGGAACAGCUUUCCUAAUUGUCAGUCCAAUGACUUACAUGUUAGAUUGUGACCAGUUACUUUAUAAUCCGGCACUCAGGAUUCCUCUGGGGCUUGGCAGUCAUUUCAGCACCUCUGGUCUGUUCUGCUGUCUAAAAAGUCAGAUGCCAUACAAAUUCUCUGUUACUGUGAAGAAAAGGGAUCAAUUCAGACCAGCGCUGUCCUUUGACUAAAGCAUUUAGAAUUCACUUCUCUGAUGCCUUCAGAGACUUAAACACACAGGCUGUUAAAAGCCUAAGGGAUGAGCGUCUCCAACUAAUUUCAGACCACUUUAAACAAAUUUAAAUGCUGUGAUACGCCUUGCAGGAUUUUUAAAGCUACCAUGGCACCCAAAUCCUUUCUAAUCUGAUUAUUAAUUCCUUGUGCUCCCAACUUAUAUAUAGGACACCCCCCCUCCCCCAUAAUAUUGAGGUAUUCAUAAAUUUUCAGGCCAAUUAAUGAAGGUUUGGAACCUGUCAGUCAAGUUUGGAGGGGUGUGGAAACAGAUUUAAAUGAGCUUCAUAUUCAUUUCUUUGAGUUGCAAGUUAGAUAUUUUUAAUUAUAUCAUGUUAUUAAAGAUGUUUUAAUAGAC